ACUUUUACCCUUACAGAAUAGUAUAUUAAAUAAACUUAUCAUUCUCGGUGCUUUGAAAAAACACUUUUUUCAGAAGCAUUUUUAUUUGCUUUAUAACUAGACAUGCAAUUUUUUAUAAAACAAUUCAUAUUACUAUUAUUUUAUUGUUAAAAAAACUACGUAAACAAAACUUUUAUCAUGGACAGCAUGGAGGGUAUAUAUUUUCUCCUGUAGGGGCGCUAAUAUCAGUGAACAAAUUUCCGGUAUGCCAAUUUUCGUGCAUGGCGAUUUUACGCAGUCAAGUACAGUCAAUAGGGAUACAUAUACAUACUUCUCCUUAUACUCCUUCAUGAUGGCCCCAAAACAAGGCGAAGCCUAUCUCAAGUUUUCCGGUGUCCGACUGUUCAGCGCGACCUCCUCGGGAAAAUUUACAACUAAGUGGUAUAUGUGGUUCGCCUGCUACCAAUUUCAAAUUAAAGAGCGCCCGUUAGAAAUGUCAAAGAUUGACUUUAUUUAUUCCAAUUUUAUAAACGAAAUAAAUUCUUUGUUUCUUGUCAUAUGAUACCACUUAUCAGAAGUAGAAUCAAUAUUAUUGAACGAAUGAUUUUCUUACCAAUUGUGCCUCGAAUACUUUUAAAAGAACGGAUUAUCCAUCGUACCUUCAAGUUCUUUAAGAGUUUAAAAGGAUAUAAAUUAAUGUCAGGAAAUAAGGAAAGUUUGCUCCCUGAAGAGCCUAAACAAUCUGUUGAAAUAAAAACCUUAGCUUGUGAUAUAUCGUUAAAAGUUAUUGGUAGUGGAGCACGUGGUGCUCCAGCUAGUGUUUGUCUUUACUCAAAUGAGAGCAGAUAUAUUUUCAACUGUGGAGAAAGUACACAAAGAAUAAAUAAUGAACAUAGAAAUAAAUUAUGUAAAUUAUCGAAAAUUGGCAAUGUUUUCAUUACAACGCCAAAUUGGAAGAAUCUGGGAGGACUUCCUGGAUUUCUCCUAUGCUUACAAUCAUAUGGUGUUUCAACAGUAAAUAUUCAUGGACCGAUAGGAACAAUAGACAUUUGUGACGUUACAAGAAGAUUUGUAUAUCUCAAAAGAUUAACUGUCAUUGAAGCAAAUAUUAAUAGGCCUUUUGUUGACAAUGUAUUGACUGUGAAUUACGUUCUUUUAGAGCCACAAAACGCAGAUCACAAUACUGAAAUAACAGAAACCGAUAAUGUCGAUGAAAACGUCAAUCACAAAACUGAAAUAGAUGAUAAUAUAGAUUAUUAUGAACAUGAGGUGAAUGUGUCUGCGAAAAGAAAACUUAGCAUGUACGGAGACAAUGUCAAAAGAAUUAAGAGGCAAUCUGAUUCUAUAGCGGGACAUGUGAGGUCUUCCAUGUGUUACAUUGGUAAAAUUCAUCAUCGUAUUGGAAAAUUAAAUUUAAAUAAAUGUGUAGAAAAAGGAAUCACACCAGGUCCAUUGUUGGGACAAUUGAAGAAUGGAAUGGAUGUUACUUUAGAGAAUGGGACAAUAAUAAAAAGUUCUGAUGUUGUUGACCCUGCCGAACCUGGACCUGCAUUUAUAGUUGUAGACUGUCCUAGAGAAGAAUUAUUAGAGUCUUUAAUACAAAAUCCAAUUUUUGCAAACUAUCAAUCGGGAACUGCUAAGUCGAAGGAUAUGAUUGCUUCUUGUAUUGUGCAUUUCACGCCAGAAUCAAUAAUAAAAGAUGCAAGGUAUCAAAAGUGGAUGGAAAAUUUUGGUUGGUCGACACAGCACAUGAUAGUCAACGAAUCUAACACGUGCUUGGGAACCGAAGCAAUUCAUAAGUUUCAACAUCAACUGCAUUUACUUCAUGACAGAAUAUUUCCCUUUUGGGAUGAAUCGAAUAUUCCGACUGAAGUAUCUGCAACUUCGCAGAAAAGUGGAAUUUUUCAGAACCAUAGUGUCACGGAAGAUGACAAAGAAAGUUCUGUUGAGGCUUCUGAUGAAUCUGCUCUGGUAACUCGUGCAAAAACGCUUCACUGCUAUUCCCUGGUUCCUAAAAAAGGUCUUAAUCCAUUAAAGGAGUUGAAACUCAAUCCUCAAGAAUAUUUGGAUGAAGUUUUUCAAAUGACUGGAUAUUUAGAUGCUUUGGCGGAGGUCCAAACAAAUGUCAGUUUUAUGCAAAGGAAAUUAGGUGAAAUUCCAGAAUAUCCGAAACUUGUAAUAUUAGGAACGAGCUCAACUGCAAAUAAUAAAAUGAGGAACACAAGUGGUAUUCUUCUGAGGAUUGAUAAAGAUACAAGUAUAGUUUUGGACUGUGGAGAAGGAACGAUACAUCAAAUCUUUAGGAUUUAUGGAAAGGAAACAGAUAAUAUUCUUUCUUCAAUUAAGGCUAUUUAUAUUUCUCAUCUACAUGCUGAUCAUCAAUUAGGAUUGAUUGGAAUUUUACAAGAACGAUCGCGCUCUAAUCAAGAACCUGUUUAUCUCCUCGCUCCAGAAAGAAUACGUUCCUGGUUAUACUUUUUUGAUCUCAGAUAUCAGAAUAUUUCACAACUAUACACUUUGAUUCCACUAUCGAAAUUACUAAUGUCUGAGCACCAAAUUCCUUUGGAAACUGAAAAAAGAAUUUAUGAAAGUCUUAAUGUUAAGGAAAUUAGUACAGUUAAUGUGGACCAUUGUGCUUUUUCAUACGGAGUUUCUUUUACUCUUGCUAACGACAAAAAAAUAGUUUAUAGCGGUGACACGAUGCCUUGUCAAAAACUUGUAGAUUUAGGUAAAAAUUGUGACUUAUUAAUUCACGAGGCAACAUUUAAUGAUAAAGAACAUGCAAAAGAAAAACUUCAUUCAACUGUAUCGCAAGCUAUUAACAUCGGCGAGAAAAUGAAAGCAAAUUUCACUCUGUUAACGCACUUUAGUCAACGCUUUUCAAAAACAUUUUACAUGCCAGAAAUUGGCCAACGUGCAGACCAUAGUAAAAUUGGCAUGGCUUUCGAUAACAUGCACAUUAGAUUAGCCGAACUUCCUAUUCUUCCUCUAUUUUAUCCAUGUCUCAAAAUAAUGUGCUAUGAAGAAACAGAAGUGAAAGAGGUAAAUGGCAAGAAAGUUUUAGGACUCUUAAAAUCACCAAUGAAGAGAAAAAUAGGAAAAAUUGAAGCGAGGAAAUCUGAUGUUUUGUAAAUAUUGUGAAUAAUGAACUGAACGAAUGACGAUUUUUACUUGAUAAAUAUGUAUAUACUUCCAUUUUUGCAAAUGAAUAUCAAUUGUUUAUUAAUAAAACAGAAAUUUUACUUUAAAA